AUGGCGUGCGCCACUCCAGUAUCCACCUCAGGGCCAAGCGAGCCCGAUGUAUCCGCUGUCCUUUCCACCCCAUCCCCGCCUCGAUAUUCCCCCUGGUUGAAGCGUUCUCUAAGGAAACCAUCACGCGUUGAUCUAGACAAGGAGUCUUCCAUCACCCCUGGCGAAGUGCAAGCAAGGGACUUUACUACGCUAGCGGAGGCGCGAGAGAAUAAAAGCGAGAACAAUAAGCGCAACGACAAGACCGACGAAGAGGAGGGUUUCGACGAAAACGAAGAUACGGCGCGCGAUGACGCGUGCGAGAGCCAUCUGGGGUCGCAUCAUGCCGAUGCACUUGGUGAGGCCACAGUAGAAGGGAGUUCAGUCGUUGAAAGAAGCGCGUCCAUUGGCCAAGACAUAGAAGUCCAUGUCGUCGCCGUUGAAGACGAUAGCGAUGUAAUAUACUCCACUUCAGAGGCGUUCACAGAAAGGCCCAUCUCAAACGGGCCGCAGUGCAUCGCGGAGCCUGAGUUCUUGAUUCACUACUCAGCUCCGGGAACCGAAUAUCGACUGAUCGCCCGGCGAAUGCGGGUAGAUGACGAAGACGUACGCCGGAUCCUCUUGAAGCGCUUGCUUGAACGUGAAACCGCCACCAGGCAUGUAAUUUCUCCCUGA